AUGUUCUACGACCCCGCCAACGACGUCCAACGCCCCACUCACCCUCGCUUGCACCUUCGUGACGUCCGGGACGCGCAUACGGUAUUCGAGGCCGUGCGCCUUGGGUUACUGAAGCGGGCCCAGCGCCGUUUGAACGAUACAGAACGCUCGACAUUCAUCCAGUCGGGCGCGGUGUUCGUUUGGGAGGAGAGCGAGGAGGACACAGGUCUGAAGCGAUGGACAGACGGCCGGAUCUGGAGCCAGUCACGGAUGCGCGAACCCUACCUAUUUUACGACGAGAAGUUAUCUCAAGAUGAACCUGACCCUCCGAGCGGACAAUCGUCCAGGUCAACAUUCCGUUUCGUGGAAGGACCUUCGAGGACGUGGAGCUCGUCAGCGCAAUCGCACUACGAGCGUAGCGACCACCAUCCGACAGGCCUUGUGAAACAGGCUUACUCUGCAUGGGUGCUGACCGCCCCUAAUACCCGCCCGCGCAAAUGGCAUUUGACGGCGUAUUUCACCUAUUCUGAUUUGCCCAGCAUUCCAACGGUCGACCACGAUCCGACAUUGCGCAAUGUCACGGUGCCACAGGGCGUCUACAGGAGUGGAAAGUCUAGGACGAGGAACCCUGAUGCGGGUCCCGUUCCGUACUCCUUGCCUGCACUUCAAUCGGCGACUCACUCGUUACCAGGGCGUCCGGGUACACCUGUCAUUUUGCCACCACCGAACCCGGAUGCCGCUGGUGGACAGGGAGACCAUAGCCCGCGUCGUGCACACCCGCGUCGCGCAGAGGAUGAGAGGAUGAUUCGUAUGCUGAACUCUCAACCUUUCUAA